UUGCCCGCUCAGUUUAAAGACACCGGGAGACUGAGACAAGAGAGGAAACCUCGCAGGCGGGGCUACGCCGGCUGCAUUCUGUCUGUCUCCUUUUCUGCUCUGCGUUUAUCUUUAAACGGCCGAGGCUCGUACGUGAAUAACUGAAGCGGCGGCACCACAUUCAACAGGGUGAGGAAGACAAACUUCCUCCGUUUCUUUCGCCUCUGCAUGCGAGAAAAUUAGAAGAGAGGAGACGAGAAAGAGAUGUGUGGACACUUGCGGAGAGUUUUAAAGGAAGAAAACAUCACAGUGUAGAGUCUCUUGUUGCUCUUUUUGUUCUCGAGUCGUCAACCUUCAAAGUUAUGAAUAAAAGAAAGUGGGAGGGGAGGCGAGAAGGCUUCAAGGUCAGCUCUGCGCGGGAAGAUGCGCAGGGGCCAGGGCGCCCCUCCGCCAGAGGGCGCUUCUCUGAGUCUUGGAAGAGACUCAGCUCCAGACAGGGUUCUACCAAGAGGUCAGGGUUGGCCUCGCAGCAAGCAGUGGCACAGAAAUCAUGGAUAGAAAGAGCAUUCAGCAAGAGAGAGUGUGUGCAUGUUAUUGUAAGCACCAAAGACCCCCAUAGGUGCUGUUGUGGCCGUCUAAUAGGUCAACAUAUUGGCCUGCCCCCCAGCAUCUCAUCCAAUCAGAAUGAGAAAUCAGAGCGUGUGCCAAAGAAUGACAGCUUGUCCGAGAAAUGGUCCAUCAGCAAGCACACACAGCUCAGUCCCACCGAUGCCUUCGGUACCAUCGAGUUUCAAGGGGGUGGACACAGCAACAAAGCAAUGUAUGUUCGAGUGUCUUAUGACACAAAGCCAGACUUACUGCUCCAUCUGAUGACGAAGGAGUGGCAGCUAGAACUCCCCAAACUCCUUAUCUCUGUUCACGGAGGUCUCCAGAACUUUGAGCUGCAGCCCAAACUCAAGCAGGUCUUUGGCAAAGGUCUUAUCAAAGCUGCCAUGACCACCGGGGCCUGGAUCUUCACUGGAGGAGUUAACACUGGGGUCAUUAGGCAUGUUGGUGAUGCUCUUAAAGAUCAUGCUUCCAAAUCCAGAGGAAAAAUCUGCACUAUCGGCAUUGCCCCCUGGGGCAUUGUGGAGAACCAGGAAGACCUAGUGGGCAAAGAUGUUGUCCGGCCGUACCAAACAAUGUCUAACCCUCUAAGCAAGCUCACAGUCCUCAAUAGUCUACACUCGCACUUCAUUCUGGCUGACAACGGCACCACCGGAAAAUAUGGGGCUGAGGUUAAACUACGCAGACAGCUUGAGAAACACAUCUCUCUGCAGAAGAUCAACACACGGAUUGGACAGGGCGUUCCGGUGGUGGCUCUGAUAGUGGAGGGAGGCCCUAAUGUGAUCUCUAUCGUGCUGGAGUACCUGAGAGAUACCCCUCCUGUUCCUGUGGUGGUGUGUGAUGGCAGUGGACGUGCUUCCGACAUCCUAGCUUUUGGCCAUAAGUACUCUGAGGAAGGCGGACUCAUAAAUGAAUCUUUAAGAGACCAGUUGUUGGUGACCAUUCAGAAGACAUUCACGUACAGUCGGACUCAGGCCCAGCAUCUCUUCAUCAUUCUGAUGGAGUGUAUGAAGAAGAAAGAACUGAUAACAGUGUUCCGGAUGGGAUCAGAGGGACACCAGGACAUUGACCUGGCCAUUCUUACAGCUCUCCUAAAGGGUGCCAAUGCAUCCGCUCCCGAUCAGCUGAGUCUGGCUUUGGCCUGGAACAGAGUCGACAUCGCUCGCAGCCAGAUCUUCAUUUACGGACAGCAGUGGCCUGUUGGUUCUCUGGAGCAGGCUAUGCUGGAUGCUUUGGUGCUGGACAGAGUGGAUUUCGUGAAGUUGUUGAUAGAGAAUGGCGUGAGCAUGCAUCGUUUCCUCACACUGUCCAGACUCGAGGAGCUCUAUAAUACGAGACAUGGGCCAUCCAACACCCUGUACCAUCUUGUCAGAGAUGUGAAAAAGCAAGAAUAUCCAGGGUUCAGUUGGAUCUACCUCAAGGGUAACCUUCCUCCUGACUAUCGCAUCAGCCUCAUUGACAUCGGAUUAGUCAUCGAAUACCUCAUGGGCGGAGCCUAUCGCUGCAAUUAUACCAGAAAGAGAUUUCGGACCCUCUAUCACAACCUUUUUGGACCCAAGAGACCGAAAGCCCUAAAGCUGCUUGGAAUGGAGGAUGACAUGCCCAUCAGAAGAGAACGUCAGAAAACCACACGGAAGCGGGAAGAGGAAGUGGAUAUUGACUUGGAUGACCCGGAAAUCAAUCACUUCGCGUUCCCAUUCCACGAGCUUAUGGUUUGGGCGGUGCUGAUGAAACGGCAGAAGAUGGCCCUGUUCUUCUGGCAGCACGGUGAGGAGGCCAUGGCCAAAGCUCUGGUGGCCUGCAAACUCUGCAAAGCCAUGGCUCAUGAAGCAUCAGAGAAUGACAUGGUAGAUGACAUCUCACAGGAGCUCAACCAGAACUCAAGAGAGUUCGGUCAGCUGGCUGUGGAGCUGUUGGAUCAGUCUUAUAAGCAGGAUGAACAGAUGGCCAUGAAGCUGUUGACCUAUGAGCUGAAGAACUGGAGUAAUGCCACCUGUCUGCAACUGGCUGUGGCCGCCAAACAUAGGGACUUCAUCGCCCAUACCUGCAGCCAGAUGCUCCUCACAGACAUGUGGAUGGGACGUCUGCGUAUGCGCAAGAACUCUGGCCUGAAGGUCAUCCUGGGCCUGCUUCUCCCCCCUUCGAUACUGAGUCUCGAGUUUAAAAAUAAGGACGAAAUGUCGUAUAUGCCUCAGGAUCAGGACACCUACCUGCAGGAGAAGGAUGUGGAUGAACCAGAGAAACAAGCCAAGGAGAAAGACGAUGAGGACAUGGAGUUCACAGUAAGAUCUUACUGUGAGACGCAGUACAACUCCGUGGCUAUGCUGGGAAACGUCAGUUCACAAGCAUCCCGUAAGAAACAGGUGGCGGAAGUUCAGAGCCGACAUCGUCUUAUUCCACUGGGUCGCAAAAUUUACGAGUUUUACAACGCUCCAAUUGUCAAGUUCUGGUUUCACACGUUGGCCUAUGUAGGAUACUUGAUGCUCUUCAACUAUAUUGUGCUGGUGAAGAUGGACCUCUGGCCUUCCUCUCAGGAGUGGAUUGUUAUUGCUUACAUCUUCACCAAUGGAAUCGAAAAGAUGAGAGAGAUUCUCAUGUCAGAACCAGGCAAGCUCCUGCAAAAGGUGAAAGUGUGGUUACAGGAGUACUGGAACGUCACUGACCUCAUGGCCAUUCUCAUCUUCUCCAUUGGGAUGGUGCUCCGUCUGCAAGAGCCGCCGCUGAUGAGCUAUGGAAGAGUCAUCUACUGCGUCAAUAUCAUUUAUUGGUACAUACGACUGCUUGACAUCUUCGGAGUGAACAAAUACCUGGGCCCAUACGUCAUGAUGAUUGGAAAGAUGAUGAUUGACAUGAUGUAUUUCGUGAUCAUCAUGUUGGUGGUGCUGAUGAGUUUCGGGGUGGCACGGCAAGCCAUCCUAAAUCCCAACGAAGACCCAUCCUGGAUGCUGGCACGCAACAUCUUCUUCAUGCCGUAUUGGAUGAUCUAUGGAGAGGUGUUUGCCGACCAAAUUGACCAUGUGAAUAGUAGGAAGCUACAGCACAAAGUGAAUGACAAACUCUGGCUGGUCGAAAAUUACAUUCGCACCCAAGGAACUGGGCGUACCAGUGGUCCAUCUCAUAUAGCUCCAUGCGGUCAGAACAUCACCAAUGAAGACGGAGUCAUUGUGGCCCUACCACCCUGCAAGACUGGUGCUUGGAUUGUACCUGCCAUUAUGGCCUGCUACCUGCUGGUGGCCAACAUCUUACUGGUUAACUUGCUAAUUGCUGUCUUCAAUAACACGUUCUUCGAGGUGAAGUCCAUCUCCAAUCAGGUAUGGAAGUUCCAGAGGUACCAGCUGAUCAUGACUUUCCACGAACGUCCUGUUCUUCCUCCUCCCCUCAUCAUCUUCAGCCACAUAACUAUGGUUCUCAAACACCUUUGCUGUCGCUGGAGGAAGCACGAUGAGGAUGAGAGGGACUAUGGGCUGAAGCUUUUCAUCACUGAAGAUGAGCUGAAAAAGGUACAUGACUUUGAAGAGCAGUGCAUGGAGGAAUAUUUCAGAGAGAAAGAUGACCGCUUCAAUUCAUCCAAUGAUGAGAGAAUACGUGUGACAUCUGAAAGGGUGGAGAACAUGGCAAUGCGUCUGGAGGAGGUAAACGAGCGGGAACAUUUCAUGAAAGCCUCCCUGCAGACUGUUGACGUCAGGCUUGCCCAGAUGGAGGAGCUGAUCGCCCGCAUCGCCGUGACACUGGAACGGGUUGCUGGUGUGGAUCGAGGUGAGGUCAACAAAGCGCGUUCCAGGACAUCGUCUGACUGCACCGAUACGAACUACAUCCUUCGCCAAAGCAGUUUCAACAGCCAAGAAGGUAAUUCCUACAAGCUUCAGGAGUCACUGGAGCAGGGUGGAGAAGAGUCCAUUUCCCCUACUUCACCAACCGCUAUGGCGCCACGCAUCCGCAGUCACUCCUUCUACGUGAGCCAUUCCUCCAAGGACAGGUGUGGGGCAGAUCGAGCAGAAGGUAUUUUAAAAGAAAGGCUGUUCAGCCUCCACCGGGCGAACAGCUCACAGUCUGUAUCCUCUGGAGCAGGACCCAAAGAGUCCAAACCCACACCUUUGAAUACUUUAGCAGUGCAGCAGCAACAUCGCCCCUCUUCCUGCAUAGACAUCUAUGUUUCCGCCUCGGAGGACGUUCCAACCACCGACAGCUUCCUGGAGCCAGUCAGGAAAGUUCCAACUCUUGCUCGGGAAUCGUCUCUUCAUUCGGAGAUCAUGGAUGCGAUGCUCUCAGGGGGACGGGACUGCAGUGGAAGGGCAGGGGGAAGUGAAAGACAGUCUGACGGUACAGUCCUAUUCGAGGACAGUGCCGCCGCUGAUCUAUCGCUCUGCUCUGCCCACCUGCUGCGAGACACCCUUCCCUCCUGGGACCUGGACCCCUCACCGCCACCAUCAGCCGGUGUCCUAGAGCGUUCCAAGAGCAGUCGCUUCCUGUCAACAGCAGGACCUCUGUUCCUGGACGAGCCCCAAUUAGUUAAGUCCCACAGCCUAAUGUUCACAUCACGGGGUUACUACGGUGGUAUGGGUGUGCAGGUUAAAGCAGCAGAGUAUACCAGCAUUACAGACUGCAUUGACACUCGUUGUGUCUCUACCCCUUACCCUGUCCCAGAGCGAUCUGACUCUCCCGGAGGCUCUUUUACAUUCGAUAAGCCCCAGGACCUGGGUGUCUCGCACCCCGAGCGAGAGGCCGAGCUCAGUCAUACAGAGUUUGAGCCAGAGGAGCCUCCGGAGGGAUCAACAGACACAGGUAGGGGGGGUCAGAGUAGCAGUAGUGGGGGAAUAGGUGUAGAUCUGGGCCUAGGCAUGGCACUAGGUCCGUUCUGCUCGCCGAUCUCUAGACUCGAGCGAGCGAACAGCUGCUCCUCUUCCGAAGAAUCCCACUCUAACAUCUACUCCCGAAAGAGUUUCUCCAUAAGUGAGAAAAUGGACAAGGGGCGCGGAAGCUCUAGGAAUCCGUUCCAGAAGGCUAGGGCUGGAGCAAGACUCGAGGGUAAGACAGACUCACUGUCCAUGAGGAAACUGGCCAAACCCUCGGCGUUCCAAAGUUUUGACAGCAGACAUAAUUACACGUGAUGAAAAUGGCAUUGUAGGUCUAGUUUCUGUAGGAUGGCUCUACCUCGUUUAAUUUACAAGGGCCAGUCCAUUAAUUAGUACCGAGUCUGAGUGGGUAAAUAGCUAUACACUGGAAUGUGUUAUCAAUCAUGCUUACUAAGCUUCUGUUUAUUUCCUAGUUUUGUCGAGCUCAUAAAUUCAGUACUUGACAAACAUUAGGGCAACAUUAGAUUCUAGUUCCUUUAGUCUUGCCAUAGCUGGAAUAUUCACAAUUACCAUUGAUGAUUCAUUCACAUCACAAACGAAAUCGUGCUUGAUCACGUUUAGUCAUUGCAUAGGAGUGGUGGUUUAAUUUCAAACCAAAUUAAAUUAACAAAGUUUAGGAGUGUAACAGUUCUAUAAAAUUGUAUGUUUGUUGUGUACACAAAGUCCUUUUGAUUUGACAUUGUGUAAUUUAGAAACUACACAUGUAUUGGUCAAGAUAUUGAAUUUUGAGGGAUCCGAUUUUAUCAUGAAACUUGAUUAGUAUUGUGAAAUACUUUGUACUUUUAAACCCUUGUGGAGAGUAUUUGUAUUCAAAUAACAUCAUAUUAAGUUGCAUGGGUGUCUGGAUAUGAGUUCAAGGUUUAAUACAACAUUAAUACAACAUAUUUUUUUAAGGCCUAAAUGUUAAAGGGGCCAUGGCAUGAAAAUCUGACUUUUUCCAUGUUUAAGUGCUAUAAUUGGGUUCCCAGUGCUUCUAUCAACCUAGAAAAUGUGAAAACCCAGUAACUUAGUUUUGGUAAACCAUUCUCUGCAAGCAUGUGGAAAAUAGCUCAUUGAAAUUUGUCUCCUCUUAUGAUGUCAUAAGGAGAUCUUAUUAUAAUAAUACCGCCCCUUAAUCUGCACUAUCCAACCACGCCACAGCCAUUUAGUGCAAAGAAAGAGAGAGAAAAUAAUUCACAGCACAAUUGAGUUAAAUUGCAUCAAACCACCAUCAUUGCAAUCAGUGUUUGAAUUUCAUCAGCUCAUUUUUGCUCGCACCUACCUAAGUGUCAAUUUUAACAUGUUAUAAAAAAAUAAUCUAUAUGGUAUUUUGAGCUAAAACUUCACAUGUGUACUCUGGGGACACCAAAGAUUUAUUUUACAAAUUAAAAAAGUCUUGUGACAUGGCCCCUUCAAUGUUUUGUCCUUUGUUGUUUGCAUUGUCCCAAAUUCAUCACAAGAGGGCGAUCAUUUCAGCCCAUUUUUACCAGGGUAUGUUGGAAUGGAAUACUAGCUUACUGCACAGAAUAUACUGCAUACUAUUUUUAAAAAGUAUACAGUAGGUUUCAAAACAAUAGCAUGCUACACUGUUGUCUUAUGACUGUAUUGCAUGUUUAAUUCUGACCGUUAUUUUGCAUAAUUAUUCUAAUUUUUGUAAGAAACGUUUUGUAUUAUCAAUAAUGAAUAAACAAAGGGUUGUUAUUAAAUAUUAUUACAGUACAUUUUCACGGGAAGGCCAAGUUUAGAAAUCCACAGUGUUGUCUAGUAAUAUAAAUAUUUUGGGGGAAACGUUGGUCAUCUGGGUAAUUUAUACAAUGCACAGGAUAUAAACUGCACUCUGAAGAGUUUGGAUUAGUAUGGUAGUAUGCCAUUCCAAACAUUCCUUUAGAUUUAGACAAGCACUGCUAAACCACAGAAUUUUUUGUUUUAAAGCAUAGGAGAAACAUGUAUUAUUUAAGUGUAUCUUUUCACAGAACAGGUACUAUAUGUUGACUUGCUAUGCAAGACACUACAGAGAGUCGACCGUAAGAAGUGUUAUGCACUUUAGGGCAGAAGUUAUUAUGCACAACAAUCUGAUCACUAAUCAACCUGACAGUUUUUGGAGAGCAGAAUCACAAAAGAUACAUACACUAUUUAAUGUUAGUAUUGUGACAGGAUAAUAAAUGACCAAGAAUAGAAAAUAUUUAAUCUAUUGUUUUUAAUUAUAUGCCUUCGCAAAUUUCUUCCUAUGGUUAAUCGAUGUCAAAUAUGUAUAUAUAGUAUUUCAAAUGUUGUUUAUGAUAAAAAAUAUUUUUAGCAUUGAUUUAUUGUAGUGGGCAUUCAGGAUAUUCAGGAGAUCUGCACAGACUAGGCCUCAUUUUAGUGAGAAUUGUAUUGCUUUAAUCGGUUGAAUUAGAGCAAAUUAUUCACGCUUCUCUCCCCACACUGUAAAAAAUUGCAGCAUUUUGGUCAAUUCAACAAAUAAUAAAAAAAUCAAGUUAAACAAUUUCAACUUGCAUUUAUAAAUUGUCAACUUUUUGAAGCCAAAUCUUAAAAUAGUAGGUUGAAUUGACUUGCAAAAUCAAGUUGUUUUAACCUAAUGCUGCAAUUUUUUUUUUUUACAGUGCAUAUAUGUUGUUGAUCUAUUAAAAAGCAAUACAGAAAUGUGUGCACAAAUCUAGUCUACUCAAAUCUUUUUAAAAAAGUAAGUAAAUAAUUAAUUAUUUCCUAUAUCCUCAAUGCAUCUAAUUUCACCAUACACUAUAUCAAAGAAAAUUUCCUUUGCCUUACUCAUGUGCAAUACUGCUAAGAGAUUUGAAAACAUAAUGUCACGGUGUUCUGAAUGGUAGACGUGAAAACUUUGUGUUAGUUUGUGUGUGAACCAAAAACAAAGUAUUAAAAUAAAUUAUUAUUUUUCUGUGCAUAGCAGUAAUUCCAAUCACUGUGGUUUUCAAAUGUCUGAUGAUCUUAAUCACAAUAUUAGCACAGAAUGUUAAUCGGAUUUGCAUUAUAUUAUAACAAACACCAUUUUCUGUUUGGGCCUUCUGUCAUCUGUCAGCGAAGGGGCUAACAGUUUUACAAGGUGUUAUUGCUGCAAAGAGCUUUAAAAUGGAGGUUUGAGAGAAUAAACUACAGGCAACAAACUUGUUGGACUGGUUCCAGCAAAAGCAGAAAGAAAAUGUGAUUGCUCUUAUAAGUUAUUAAAUGCAAGUUAUCCUGUUUCACUUUCUUCUUAAAGAGUUUUUGUUAUAGAGCAAGAAUAUUUAUGACACCUGUUUUUCACAUGUAAAUGUUCUGUAUAUGAUCUGUAAAUCUCGAUGUGGAUGUAAAAAUCAAGUUUAAUAUGACAGGAUUUUAAGAAGAACGUUUCUUUCUGAUAGAAGACAUUACACUAUAACAACCUACCCAGUGUGCCAAAUGAUAUGACAUAACUUUAUGUACAGUAUUUUCUUAAUAUUUUCCUAUACUGUAGCAUAAAAGGUUGUGAAUUGUAUACCACUUUUAGUCAGGUUCUCCCUUCCUCUUCUUUUUUAAACUUAUUGGUGAGCACUUGUCUGCUAAAAAGUCCAAGCACAUGUUUCUGCAAUAAUGCUGUAGCUUGAACUGAAAGGUCUUAGUUUAUUUAGUGUCUUCAAAAUGCAUGUUGUUCUUCCAAAAGAUUUGAGCUCAGUGAAUUACGAGUGAUCAGCAAGUGGGGAUGAGAAGUCUCUUGUCCUCUUAUACGGUAGAAGGCUUCGUAUUUGGAUGCGAAUACAAAUGUGUACAAUGUAUUCCUGUGAAUAGGAUGUUUGGCAUGUAUUAUCAAAAUAAAAUAUUGCAUAUACACAUCA